AUGGCGGCACGCAUAGCACGACAGUCCUAUUUACUUUGUCGUAGCGCAGGAAUAAACGUGAUUCCACGGCAGGUAAAACCGAAGACUGUUGUAAUAAGAGACAUUAACAGCUCUUUACAGCCGACUGCUAGUUAUGGGACUCGGGAAACAGACACUACACAGGACACUGAAGUGCACAUUCCAGUGGACCGUCUGACAGUAUCUUACAGCAGAAGCAGUGGUCCUGGUGGUCAGCAUGUCAAUAAAGUCAGCACAAAAGCAGAGGUCCGAUUCCAUGUGCAAACAGCAGACUGGAUCCCACAAGAUGUACGACAGAAAAUCUUUGAAACGAACAAAAACCGCAUCAAUAAGGCUGGAGAGCUGCUGGUGACCUCAGAGCUGAGCAGGAGUCAGCAGAGGAACCUUUCUGACUGUAUACAGAAGAUUUCCGCCAUCAUAGCUGAGGCCAGCAAGAAGCCACACGAACCGACAGCAGAAGACAUAGCUCUCAGGGCAGCCAGGUUACAGAAGAGGAACAAAGAGCGACUCAAACAGAAGAAGGUCAAUUCAGCAAUCAAGCAGAGCAGACGAGUGGAUUUUGACUGACUGUUGUGUUUCUACCUCCCAUGACUGUUUUGUCAAUAAUUUCAUAUAAAUUGUGUUUUGUCAUUAAUGUUGUGUAAAAUAAAGUUAGCUGAUUUUUUUUCAUUUGUAAAUAGCAAGACUUUGCAGACCAGUGUAAGGUGUAAAGGAAACAAUAAAUUAUCUAUUUAA